GGCGUCGUCGGGGUCGGGAUAGCACCCACGGACCUCCUGCGUACAAGGCGAGGUAGUCAUCAUGUGACCACCGCGUCACACCUGCAACAAGUCCCGCCCCCUUGCGCGCCUCACAUCUCACACGUGACUCGUCGCCUGCAGAAGCCGCCCAAGCGAUAAAUGUGACCCAGUGAGAUUCCUGCCCGUGUCGUACUCCAGAUGUGUUAGUGUAGGUGUGUGUGUGUAUGUGUGUGUCUAUAUAUACGGGACGAAGCGAGGGCCCCCUCCAAAACAGAGGACUUCCUGCCGCUGGUUCCUACGCUUCGUAAAGGGCCCCUCUGCGCGAUGGACGGGAAGUUCAAGCCGGAAGACCUCCCCCAUUUCCCGCCUCCCUACAGCGUGCUGUGCGAGCCGUGCGAGCCGGGGCACGCCCAAUACCCAGCUCAGCCACCGCCCGCCUACCAACCGGAUCAGCCGCCGCCGCCGCCGCCGACCUACCAGGCCCGGCAACCGCCGCCCGCGUACCAGGCCCGGCAGCCGACGCCCCCCUUCGGCUACCCGUACCCACAGGGCGAGCACUGCGGCGCCGCUCCGGGCUACGUGACGGACAUCGGGCCUGGCGAGGCCUACCGGGCCCAGCACGUGAUAGUGCUGGAGAACGGGCCCGGGUUUGGGCAGCGUCGGCAGGGACCCCACGACUACCUCAGCUGGUCGCUCGUCACCCUCCUCUGCCUCUUCUGGCCGCUCGGCAUCCCGGCGGUGGUCUACUCCUUCAGGGUGCGCGACGCCCUGGCAACGGGGGACCUGGAGCGAGCCUCCAAGUACUCCGCCACCUGUCGCAACCUAAACAUCGCCGGCAUGGUGCUGGGGAUCAUGAGCCUCGCCCUCAUCAUCAUCAUCGUCCCGAUCUUCUUCCUUUCCAACUCGUACACUGGUCACUACUCCUUCUACCCCUAGGUGCACGAGUGCUGUUGCGGUGGGCGUCAAUGGAAUGAGCCACCAAACGCUCCACCAGCUCCCGUGACCGGCACACCAGCAGGACGCUUCGAUCAAACUCCUCUCUCUCGGGGGGGUGGGGGGUCAUCUUUUUAUCCCCGUGGAUACGAUUAAAACUAUUGCAGCUACCCCGUAGCUGAAUGCCAUAGGUAGGUGUUGUCACCUAUCCUGAUUUUUCCACCAUCGACGCGUCCGUGAUUCAUCGCACAAAUACAGCCCCAGCGAAUACAGCAAUUGAUAUGAAAUGAAGUAGUGUUGAUUGCUUAUAUAUGGAAAUUAUAUUCGGAUAUUAAACCAGGUUUAAUUUCUCUUCUUUGGUUCUUUCGGUAAAGUCACGUAGAAUGAGAAUAAAAUAAUAAAAUGAAACAAUAAAAU